AUGCCAACUUUCGUGCUGUGGGUGAAGGCGGAGCUAGAGGGCGUGAAGUCGCUGAGCUUCCCAUUCCCGUCGACGACAUGGACUUUCGACGUGCAGCAGGCCGCCGGUAGCGAGACGCGCGAGGGCGUCGUCAUGGAUCCCGAGGAGGCGCGCCGCACCGCCACCGCCGGCGACGGCGUCGCCAACUUUGCGCUCAAGUUUCCGGGCGACAAGCGGCAGAGCUACGUCAAGUUUCUUGCGCCGGGCGAGAAGCACAAGGAGCUAGAGAAGCACAAGCUGCGAGCUCAGACCGCCGACGACGGCGACCUCGUGCCGGUGCUGGCGAUGGAGUGCCGCGGGCUCGAGCCGAUCAAAUGGCACCCGACGGGCGCGCAUGCCUAG